AUGGCUGUCACCGCCGAGGGCGCCCGCAGGAAGGAGCGCGUCCUCUGCCUGUUUGACGUGGACCGGACCCUCACGCCGGCUCGCCAGAAAAUUAACCCUGAGGUAUCAGCCUUCCUGCAGAAGCUGCGCAGCAGGGUGCAGAUUGGAGUGGUGGGCGGCUCCGACUACGCCAAGAUCGCUGAGCAGCUGGGAGACCCGGACGAAGUCAUUGAGAAGUUCGAUUAUGUGUUUGCUGAGAACCGGACGGUGCAGUAUAAGCACGGACGGCUGCUCUCCAAGCAGACCAUCCAGAACCACCUGGGAGAAGAACUGCUGAAGGACUUGAUCAACUUCUGCCUCAGCUACAUGGCCCUGCUCAGACUGCCCAAGAAGCGCGGAACCUUCAUCGAGUUCCAGAAUGGCAUGCUGAACAUCUCGCCCAUUGGCCGCAGCUGCACCCUGGAGGAGAGGAUCGAGUUCUCUGAAUUGGACAAGGUCCAGGGUCCAGCAACGCCUGUUCCCUCAGCCUCCAGAACCAGCCUCAACUGCAGGCCCAACACCACACUCUCCAGAUGGCCAUCUCUUCUCCCCGGGGCUGCCCCCAGUUCCCUUCCUCUGGCCUCCCUCCUCAGCCCUGUCUGCUCUCCAGCAGUGCCCUCGAGGAUCUCUCCACACUCCAUCCCCUGCUGGCAAUCCUUCCCAGGCUCCCCAUUGUCAAUGGGCAGUGUCGCAGCCCCCUCCCAGCCCUGA